UCUUUUGCAAUCCAAGUCCUUCCCUGACAUAGACUCACAACAUCCUCAAGCUCAGAGAUUCGCACCCCAAACCCCGUCUGUCGAAUUCCUAUACUUUCCAUUGUUUCACGCGCGCGUACGAGGAACAACCUCCCUCCGCAAAUUCCGUAGGCUUGGUCUAUUGGAUCUUUGUUUUCUUUUUUCUUUUUUUCCCCCCUGUUUUCUUAGCAGCGACACACUUAGAUUGGAUCGGGUGGCACCCACCAACGAGUGAUAUAGAGCCACGAAUUGAGAUCGCAUUUUUUUUUUUUUUUUUUUUGGGGGGGAGGGCUUUUGGUGAGGAAAUGAAUGUGAGCCAUGCCACGGUUCACCCAGUGGAAGAUCUUCCAACGACGGACGGUGAGGGUGGUGGAGGUGACGCGCCGAGGGUGAGGAUGAAGGACUUACAGGGCAUGCCCGGAACGCUCUGUGGGCUCGCCUUGCGUGUGUGCCAGUUUAUCUUCGCAGUUGCGGCGCUCUGCGUCAUGGCUACCACAAGUGAUUUCCCUUCCGUCACUGCCUUCUGCUAUCUUGUUGCGGCUGCUGGUUUGCAGAGUUUGUGGAGCCUUUCAUUAGCCAUCAUUGACAUCUAUGCCCUUUUAGUGAGGCGUUCCUUGCAGAAUUAUCAAGUUGUCAGUUUGUUUGCCGUUGGUGAUGGGAUCACAUCCACUCUUACAUUUGCCGCAGCCUGUGCAUCUGCAGGCAUCACAGUCCUUAUUGACAAUGACUUUGGUGUCUGUGCGCAAAACCACUGUAUGGAAUUUCAAACUGCUACAGGCAUGGCUUACAUUAGUUGGUUCGCUGCCUUACCAUCUUUUCUACUGAAUUUUUGGUCACUGGCAUCCCAAUGAACUAAAAGAAAGACAAAGAACAUAGAGGCAUUUGGACUGUGAAUCAAGACCUUGGAUCUUUCUUGCUUCUUGUGUUUUGCAAAGCCAAAAAUCUCAAAUUUGGUUGUGUUUCAUCACAUGUAUAUACCAUGUAUAUCAGGCUGGAAUGUUCUUCAUAUACUCAAGGUGGUGAAUGUAGGGAUUGAUUUGAUCACAUUGGAAGUAAAAAAAAGAAGAAGAUAAGAAUGAGUAAUACUAGACAUUUUAAAAGAGUUUUGAGUAAGAUAAACUGAGACAGGAUUGGUUGUGAGUCUGAUAAGUGGCAUCAGGUAAUUCUCUUCGGGUUUUGCAAGUCAUGAUACUGAUGUUUGGUUUACUAA